CGAUAUCUGCGGCUGCCUUCACAUCAUCAGGCGGAGAAAGAAGCGGAGAUCUGAUGGCUUUGAAAAGGAUCCAGAAGGAGCUACAGGACUUGCAGCGGGAUCCACCCUCGCAAUGCUCAGCUGGACCACUUGGAGAGGAUUUAUUCCACUGGCAGGCGACAAUAAUGGGCCCAGGUGAUAGUCCAUAUCAGGGAGGGGUUUUCUUCCUCACAAUUCAUUUUCCGACUGAUUAUCCCUUUAAACCACCAAAGCUUGCCUUCACAACGAAAAUCUACCACCCAAAUAUCAACAGUAAUGGAAGCAUCUGUCUGGACAUUCUGCGCUCACAGUGGUCACCCGCCCUCACUGUAUCCAAAGUUUUAUUAUCCAUAUGCUCUCUUCUUUGCGACCCAAAUCCAGAUGACCCUUUAGUUCCAGAUAUUGCACAUAUUUACAAAUCGGACAAAGAUAAGUAUAACAGACUGGCAAGGGAAUGGACUCAGAAGUAUGCAAUGUAACUUAGUUGGACUGGAUGGCUACAUUUUGAAAUGGUUGCACAUGGACACUAUUACUGCACACAGCUUUGCGACGCGCCUGAACAGAGACAGAAGUUUACCAACAGAAGAACCCCCAACACAAAUAAAUACAUACACACACACACUCACAACUUAAAAAUAAUCUCCUUGGUAAGAUGGCCAAGUCACAUGUCCCUGUUCACAGAAGCAUACUGGAACAAGAGCUUCCUGCCAGAUAUCAAAAAUAUUGUUUUAUUUUCCAAUUAGUUACUUUUAUAGUAAUUUUAUUGUAUAGAAAUAAAAACAAUAAUGAUCA